GAUCGCCAUCUCUACUUUUUUGACUGUACUUAAGAUAAGAAUAUUAUAAUAUAGUGUCAAUAUUCCACGAUAAUAUUGUAAAUAGUAAAUAGGUACUAGUUAUUACUGUGGUUUAAAAUUUAAAACAAAGUAUUUCAACUUAGUACACUUACUACAAAUUCUUAAAGUAACAAAAAUGUCGGGUUUGUCUGUACAGUAUAUUUUACUGAGAAGCGACUUAAUGAAAGACUUGGGGUGGUCAAUUGGUGCGCUGGUUGCUCAGGCCUGUCAUGCAUCUACAGCAGUGCUCCACAUAUUUAAAGAUGAUAAGAAUACUAUAGAAUAUUUAAAUAAUUUGGAUAAUAUGCAUAAAGUUGUUUUAGAGGUACCUAAUGAAGAUUCACUCAAGAAAGUAACAGAUAAAUUAAAAGAAAAUUCAAUUGAUCAUAAGCUAUGGAUUGAACAACCAGAAAAUAUUCCAACCUGCUUAGCACUUAAACCAUAUCCCAAAGAAGAAGUUAAGAAAUACUUUGGAAUGUUUAAAUUAUACAAAUCUACAUUAAAUGAUUGUCUUUAAUAUUGUCA